AUGGCUGCUUACCAGAGCCAACCGCUCGGUGGCAUGAACAAGCAGAAUGCGCUCGAGUCGCGAGCCCAUCGCCCUGGCUUUGCGGAUGAUGGCGAGAGCGAGGAUUAUCAUGAUUCCCUGAGGGGAUACACGAGGGCGGACCAGGCAGACAUGUUGCGCAUGGGCAAGGUGCAGGAGUUGAAGAGGAAUUAUCGGCCGCUGUCUGCACUGGCUUUUACGGUCAUCUUGCAGGGUACAUGGGAGGUUCUCCUGACUGCCACCUCUCAAGGUUUGAUUGAUGGAGGCCCAGCUGGCCUGAUCUGGAGCUUCGUAUGGACCUGGUUCGGCUUCAGCACCGUCAUGUUGUCGCUGGCCGAGAUGGCAUCCAUGGCGCCGACAGCUGGUGGACAGUACCAUUGGGUUUCGGAAUUCUCGCCUCCAAGCGUGCAAAAGCCAUUUAGCUACUUCAUCGGAUGGAUGUCGACUCUAUCAUGGCAAGCUGGUACCGCGUCCGGACCGUUUCUCGUGGGAACACUGAUUCAGUCCUCGGCCAUUGUCAUGUAUCCAGAUUACUCUCCUACCAACUGGCAAGGAACGCUCAUGGUCAUCGCCGUCACCCUCUUGGUCUGGGUACUGAACAUUUGGGGCUCAAAGUUCAUGCCCAUCUUCCAGAACAUUAUGUUGGUCAUCCACGUGUUUGGUUUCCUAGCCAUUAUCAUUGUCUUCUGGGUCUUGUCGCCACGAGCAACGGCCGAAGUGACAUUUACACACUUUACUAACGGUGGCGGCUGGAGUUCCACUGGCCUGGCACUCAUGGUAGGCCAACUAUCAGCCAUCUACGCUUGUAUCUGCUCCGACUCUGCAGCCCACAUGGCCGAAGAAAUCAAGGACGCAGGUAAAACCGUUCCCCGCGCCAUGAUCGGCGCCUACAUCAUGAACGGCGCCCUCGGUGUCGUCUUCCUCAUCAGCUACAUGUUCAUGAUCACCGACGUCCAAGCUGCCCUCGACGACGCAACCGGCUACCCACACAUGUGGGUUUUCGCCCAAGCCGUCUCCACCGGCGGCGUCAUCGCCCUCAACGCCAUCCCCACCGUCCUCAUCUUCGCCGGAACCCUAACCUACAACCUCUCCACAUCCCGCCAGACCUGGGCUUUCGCUCGAGACCGCGGUCUCCCCUUUAGCAGCUGGAUCGGCCAUGUAGACCCCAAGCUCCAGGUCCCUGCAAAUGCGGUGACGGUUACGUGUGCUCUUACGAUUAUUCUGAGUUUUAUUAACAUCGGCUCGGAUGUUGCCUUCAAUGCUAUCAUCUCCCUCAAUGUCGUCGCCCUGAUGAUAACUUACAUGUUCUCCAUCGGCGCCGUUCUCUACCGCCGCAUCAUGCACCCAGAACUUCUGCCCACAUGCCGCUGGUCCCUCGGCAAAUGGGGUGUCCCCGUCAACAUCGGCGGCUUCCUGUAUUCCACUCACGCCUUCUUCUGGUGCUUCUGGCCUGAAGCUACGCCUGUGGAGGCCGAAUCGUUUAACUGGGCUGUUGUCAUGUUUGCAGCUGUUGCGUUGUUUAGUGGAGUCGAUUAUGCGGUUCGCGCAAGGAAACAGUACAAGGGGCCUGUUGUCCUGGUGGAAGGGUUUAAGGGAGAGUGA